AUGGGCUACUUCCUCCGAACACUGCAGUUGCUCUCCACCUGCGUGGCCAUCUCACUAGUGGGCAGCCUGGACAGCUGGACGGUGCCCACAAGUAACUGGUCCUUUGUUAUCUUGUGCUUCUGCUUUGUGGUGACCUUCAUCAUCCUCAUAAUCGAAUCACUGGCGCUACAGUACUGCUUCUCCUUCUCUUGGGGGGAUUUUAUUCUCUGCCAUGCCUGCUACCUCGCCCUCUUCUGCCUCUUGGUCUCCAUCAUUUACCCCGCUACCUAUGUUCAGUUCUUAUUUUACACCCCCUCCUGGGACCACGCCAUCGCUGCUACUGCAUUCUGCUUCAUCUCUACUGUGGCUUAUGCCACCGAAGCAAUCUGGAUCUUGGGCUGGCCCCAGACGGGUGAUUUCACUGGCUAUAUAGGCAGCUUGCCAUUCCUGCUCAAGAUGCUAGAGACACUGGUGGCCUGUGUCAUCUUACCCUUCAUCAGCAACCCCAGCCUGUACAUGGACCACCCAUUUCUGGUGUCGUGUGUGGCCGUGUACUCCAUCUGCUUCAUCCUGGGGAUCGUGACCAUCCUGUUGAACCUGGCUGACUAUGAGAACAGGUUGCCCAUCUCCUCCUCCACGUUCCAUCUGGUGCUGAGCCUGCUCUCCGUCCUUCUCUACAUCGGUGCUCUGGUCCUCUGGUCGCUUUACCAAUUUGAUGAAAAGUUUGGUGGGCAGCCCGAGAGGUCCAGGGAUAUGAGCUGUCAACAUAGACUUACCAACUAUGUGUGCGUCUGGGACCAGCGACUGACUGUGGCCAUCCUGACAGCCAUCAACCUGCUGAUUUACAUGGCCGACCUGGUAUACUGGGCCUGCCAGUUUUCUGUAGGGACUGAGGACCAGCCCAGGGACUCCUGA